AUGGCCGAGGCAGCGGCUGAGAAAAACAUGGACACAACCCAACCCAAAUCCCGACCUAAAACAUCAGUGGUGUGGGAAAACUUCACCAAGACUGAAAAGGAAGGCGUUCAGUGCAACAUUUGCAAAGACCGUUUUGCAUGGCUGGCUCGGGAGUACAUCGAUGAUGCGUGA